AUGGCAAACGAUUACCGUGAAGGACGACGGGAGUCCAUUACGCUCCCACGCCCCGGCAGGAAGUUUCGCGCAAGCGCUGUGGAGAGCGUGAUCAAGGAGGUAUGCCACGCGCUCGUUGGUGAUCGACCCUAUGUGUACGAUGAGGUGCAGUCUCUGAUUAAGGACAUCUGUAGUGAGAUACAGCAGCGCGUUGUGCGCCUCGGGUACGAGCGGUACAAAUUCGUUACGCAUGUCACCGUCACGGAGGCGGCGCACCAGGGCAUACGAGUUGCCUCUCGUGGUCUGUGGGAUCCUGCGACAGACGGGUACGCCACGUACACGCUCUCUACGGAGUCGAUGCAUGUCAAUGUGGUUCUCUCUGCACUUUACUGGGAAUGA